AUGAGCACAAACUCUAUUCCGUUCCUCUUGCGCACCCACACCUCCGAAAACUUGCACAAUAGCCACAUGUUAGCCAAGCACCCAUCUAAGCAUUUGCCGUUUCAAAAUGUGCCUUGCGAACCAAGUCGAGAGCCCUCUCUUCCCAUUGCGAUUCCACGCCGCAAGACUGCUCGGCCACCGCCUCGCUCACCUCUUCGCCGUCCUACCUCUCCGGAUCUCGUGUUCAACCUAGAGUUUUCGGUUUCUCCUUGCUCGUUUCAGGGCGCAGGGCACAUUCUCGCGGGCAUGACUCCCCGGGCAAGGGCUGAAGAAUGGAUGCCUUCGUUCUUGCACCAACGUGGGCGCGCCAAUCUCCUGCUUGCGCAUCAGUGUCAUCAGCAACAGCGGGUCAUGUUCAAAAAUGCGAGGCGCGCGCGCAGCCCUGCGGUGCCACAGCACGUCUUGUUCAACGAAAAGUCAGCGUUGACACUGGAUGCUCAGGAGCGCGAGGAAAUGGCGAACAUUGUGGCCGAUGUUGAUGUCACUGACGAGUCUUCGGCGUCGGCAUCGUCUUCGCAGAUGUCGUCCGUCGUCUUCACCGCGCCCUCUUAUGACAUACCUGGCACUGGUCUUGCCCAUGGUGACCGAUACGAAGACGAGAACGACAAUCCUUCGCUGAUCUCCGCGUUUCAACAGUCCUUGACGUCGACUUCGGGUUCAGCGUCGGAGCCACGGUCUGCUCUGACUGCAAUCAUGGCCUCCCAGCCUAUCUGCGCGCCGGUCGCCGUCCAACAGCCGUCGCCCGUCUCUCCACCCUGCCCUCGACCAUAUCCGUUCCCUCGACGUCGCAUGUUGCCCAUGUCGACCAUCUUUCCAGCUGGUGCUGGCCACCGCAAAGACCGGGCGCGCGCGAACGCGCAGCUCCUGCGCACGCCUGCAGCACCGGUCGUCUCUCUAGACGUCGCGCAGGUCCGGUGCGUGGGACCGCGUGCGUACUCGCGCGGGCGGGCAUCGCCCUACCCCGGCCUGGGCCUGCGCACUCGGCGCAGCUCGAGCACGGGGUCGCGCCCGACAGUGUUGAGUACCGGGCGCACGCUCGCGACGUGCGGCCCGGGGUCAUCUCUCGUGCUGAGUAAUGAAGAUAUCGAGCAUACGCUGGAAAAGGUCGACAUGGAGGGCCUCGAGCAGGAGAAAGUGGCAGUCGAGGACAGGCUAGAGCAGAAGGAGAGAGAAGUAGAGCGAGGGAGGACGCGGGGCCGGUCCAGAGGCCGCGGUAUGGGUAUUGGUAUUGGGGCUGCCGUAAGACCAGCCCAAGGACAUAUGUGA